GGGGACAGGAAGUCCCGCCCCUGUCCCGGUUUGGCGGUCCUCUCGGCUCUGCCCUACCCCGCUCCCUUUGAGCCUGGAUUCGGCCGCGGUUUUCGCGGCUCCCCGUGCGCCUGCGUGAUCCCGUCUUGCCUCACGCGCGGGCUCGCGCUCCGGCUCCCGCCCUGCCUCCGGCUCGCAGUCCCCGGCGCCUUCCUUCGCGGUCCAGGCCGCCCCGCGUGGCGCCAGCACCAUGCUCUUCUACUCCUUUUUCAAGUCCCUUGUGGGCAAGGAUGUAGUCGUGGAACUCAAGAAUGACCUGAGCAUCUGUGGAACCCUCCACUCUGUGGACCAGUACCUCAAUAUCAAACUAACCGACAUCAGUGUCACAGACCCUGAGAAAUACCCUCACAUGUUAUCAGUCAAGAACUGCUUCAUCAGGGGCUCAGUUGUCCGCUAUGUGCAGCUGCCAGCAGAUGAGGUGGACACACAACUGCUACAGGAUGCAGCAAGGAAGGAAGCCCUUCAGCAGAAGCAGUGAUGGCACCUUCCUCUCCCCCUCACUUCCCCAUUGGUGACCCAUAACUUGAUGUCCUACUGAGGACAAGAACACCCCUGCCCAGUACUUAAGGUGUGUUUUGUUAAUGAUUAUUUUUUUCUUUUUAACUGAAUGGAUGAGAGAUAAUUCCUCUGCUGAGAAGGGAGGGUAAGAGAGCCAGGAACUGCAGAAUGGUCCUGGACUGGCUCCCAGUCUGUACCUUUUUCUCAUCUUCCCUGGAGAUGGGAGCUGCAUCCUAGGCCCUUUCCAUGGCGACAUGUAAUACAUUUGAGGGAUGGAAAGAUCUGUCCCGCAUCGGGAAUAAAACUUAUGAUGCAAGCUGAA